AUGAAAUCAGCUAUCGUGGAAACGGCAGGAAUGGAUGAGUACCUGCUCAAGAAUCAUCUGGAGUUCACCGACGACGGACAGUUCGUCCGAUGGGGAAGAGGCAACAAGAACCAUCCGCGCAAUUGGAGCACCACGCGGAAGGUGUUUGACAUUGGCCUCAUUUUUCUGCUGGAUCUCUUCGUAACUGCUACGAGUACAGCUGGGGCAUCGGCUGCUUCUGAAGCCCGACAUGAAUAUCACAUCGGGACAACCUUGUCCACAUUCUGCUUCGUCACUCUGUUCCUCAUCGGACAGGUCGUCGGCGCCAUCAUCUUCCCUCCCUGGUCUGAAUCCUUCGGCCGUAAAAGGCUCUACAUCAUCAGCAGCACCGGCAGCAGCUUGUGCUGUCUGAUCAUCGGCGUCGUCCAUUCCCUAACCGCCGUCAUCAUCUGCCGCAUCCUCGGGGGCUUCUUCAGUGCCAUUCCCUACACCGUGGGCAGCGGCAGCAACGAGGACAUGUUUGAUACUCGCGCACGCAUCUGGACCAUCUUCCUCUGGACCAUCGCCUCCAACGUCGGCCUCCUCAUCGGGCCCAUCACCAGCACCGUCAUCAUCCAAAGCCUCCACUGGCGCUGGGUCUUCUACAUCUACACCAUCAUCCUCUCGAUCCUCAGCCUCCUCUUCCUCCUGAUCCGCGAAUCCCGCCCCGCCCUCCUCCUCGCCAAUGAAGUCUCCCGCAUCCGACACGAAACCGGGCACGACACCCUCCAACCCUUGAAUCACGACCACUCCCCAGACAUCCAGACCUUCAUCAAAGCCUCCCUCUUCCGCCCAUUACAACUCUUCUUCGGCGAACUCCUCAUCUUCACCAUUGCCAUCAUGAUCGCCUUCUCCUUCGCCCUCGUCUACAUCUUCACCGAAGCCCUCCAACCCAUCUACGAAUCCAUGGGCUUCUCCCCUACUUCCGCCUGCCUCCCGUUCCUCGCCCUCGGCGUCGGCGUCGUCAUCAGCACCCUCACCCGCUUCCUCGACUUCCACAUCCUCGACGCCCGUCGCGCCGCAUCCCAACCCAUCAAACCGGAAGAUAAACUCAUCGGUCUGGCCAUCGGAGCCCCGGUCUUCGCCAUCGGACUCUGGUGGUUCGCGUGGACGAUUCCCCCGCACGCGGAACACAUCCACUGGAUCAUUCCCACCAUCUCGCUCGCACUCAUCGGCUACGCCCUAAACGAAUUUGACACCGUCCUCUACGGAUACCUCUCCGAUAGUUAUUUAAGUUAUGCAGCGAGUGGCACCGCCUCGGUACAGUUACUUCGUGCUCUCCUAUCCGGUGCGUUCCCGUUGUUUACGAGACAGAUGUUCGAUGGGCUGGGGAAUAAUGUUGCGGCGUCGUUGCUGGCGGCUCUAGCGACGGCGUUUUGUGCCGUGCCGUUGUUGUUUUUGUUUUAUGGCGAGAGAAUUAGGGCGAAGAGUCGGUUUGCGCGGUAUAGUUUGGAGAUUCAGGAUGAGGUAGGGAAGGAGGGUAGUUAG